AUGACCUUCCCUCCCCCUCACCCUUCCGCCCAAUCGUCGAUUGCUUCUGGCACCGAUAAAUCUUCUUCGACCAGGCCUGAAUUUGGUGCCUGGGGUCGGUCCACGUCACAGUCCGGCAUUCGUCGUGGGUUGACUCCUCUCGCGACCAACCUCUCCUCCACCGUCACCUCUGCAUCUUCCCGGGGCUUGGACGCAGGCCCUGGGGUUUCGACUCCCUCCUCCUUCUCUGCCGUUCUGAGCUCCACAAGGGGCCUUUCUGGGGGCAGCCCCAAACCUGCACCCUCUCCGUUCACCUCGCUGCAAUCGAGUUCGCAGCAGUCACAGUCGCUCUCCUCCCCCAAGUUCCGCGCACAUACCCCUUCAGCGGGAUCUCAUUUCACCUCCGCAACAGGCUCCAUCACGGGUGGUGGAGGUUCUGGAGGAGGUGGUGGACCGGGAUCUUCCAGAGGUGUCGCUUUCUCACCUCUGUCGUCCGGCACAACGGUGAAUUCACCUACGGGCUUCGCUUCUGACAAGCCCGGAUCGGCUGCUGCUCAUUCGAGCCAAUCGUCUCUUACCAAGAUUUCGAUCGCUCAGGUAUUCCUCCUGUUAGAUUCUAUCACUGAGAAGGAGGGCAAAGAAAAGUGGGAAACCAAAGCUGCCCAGAUACACAAGCUCGUCACAUCCAACGGAAUGGAGGUCUUUUCGAAAUACUUUCGCCGUCUUCUUACGGGCAAUGCCCCUCAAAUCUUCCCGGGUGUCAACAAGUCCGUUGAGAAUGCCGGCAACUACCCCCUUUUAACCCAAGAAAUGCAAAAAGUUGCGACAGACAUCGAGCAAGCACAAAAGAUUGCCGAAACGGUAGACACCUCAGAGGGUGACAUCUUCCGUGAUUUCGACCUGUCAACCUUUUUGGACCAUUUCCGCCUCGAUCCCAUUGUUAAGGUUGCGCUCGCUUUGGCCUUUAAGUUGACUAAUAAAUCAGAUCUUCGUGCUAAAGCCGACGCCAUCCUCUCGAACUCAACCACACCCUUCCUCCAAAGUUUGGCAAACCCAUCCGAAACGACCAAGGAUUACCAGAAUUCUUUCCUUGGAAUCACGAUUGAACGAUUCAUCCUUUACCCUCCCCGCAAUUUCACCGAUGAUGUCAAGGCCAAGCUGGUCUACGCCGUGAACCUACGAUGCCAGAAGAUGGGCUUGGAUAUGCCUUUGGAGAUUUCCUCAGCUCUCCAGAUGUUCAACUUUGUCAACCCGCGCUAUACCCUCGUUAGACAACUACACUCCAAGGGCCCACGCGCCACUGCAAACACGGAGGCACUUACCGAAGUAAUUAAUGCAGCAGGGCCCGAUAGCUGGAGUGAGGAACAACUUGCCAGUGCGCUUCUCUUCAUGAUCCUGUCGCAGUAUUGGCAGCAGUUCUCCCCAGAGACGCUUCUGAGUGCCUACGCCGACAAGCAGAUUAGUUGGGCUCUGGUGUUCCGGAACUUUGAUCGGGAGGGCCUGAGAGUGGAUCCGAAGCAAUUUGCCAAGCUCUAUAGCAUUUUGACCACUGUUGCCUCCGAUGACAGUUCUCUGGAUAUCCAGAAGCUCUGGGGCGGGGACUGGGAGCACCGGGACACGCAAAUGUCGUUCCUGACAGCAUUCGUUGCCUCACGAACGGAUGCUUCUCAAAUCCCUAAUCUUCGUGCAACAUUUCCUAGCGACUUCUUCGAUGAUGCGCCUGAGAUUGUGAAGCUGCAGGGCGAACGCGCUUCUAAAUCUCCCCUUCGUUCCAUGGACGCUAUGAGGGCAAUUUUUGACCUUGCUCUGUUCUCCCAAGCUUCAUGGGCCGCUACUGAAAGUCAGCUUCUCAUCAAAGCAGUUCUGCAAUAUGACCUCCCCGUCUUUCUCGUUUCCGCUCUCGCCAUUCCGCAGCCAUGGUCUAGUGUCCAACAGAGCUUCGUUCUCCGAACCUUCGUUGUUUUCAUUUCUAAGCAAGAAGAUGGCUAUCAACUGGCCCUUCAUGGUGCCUGGCGACAAGACCGCCAGUGGGUUUCGGAGCAGCUGUUCACUGCUUUUACUCAGGACCCUACUGCUACUGCAGCGAUUUAUGAACAUGCAGCGGCCUAUGGCUGGCUCGAAUAUCUGCUCGGGUUCACCAACGGCCUCGCGCUCGACCUUGCCUGCUACUCUCAUCGCAAGAGCUCGUUUGAUCUCGAACAGUGGGUUCAAAAUGCUUCUCAGAAGGGACCCAUUGAUAUGGGCGGACUGUUGUCUAAGUUCUUGAGAAUCAAAGCCGAGGAUGAGCUGCAUGUGCAACGAAAGGAACAGCCGGCUCCUCAGAUGGUCAGUCUUUCUGUGAAAACCGUAUAUACUCUCUUGUCAGUACUGGAGGAGUACGUUGGCGAUCGCGAGAACCUCACCCCCGUCCAACGCAUUUGUAUACAAACCUACCCCCGACUCAUUAAUUACGGUGAGGGGUUCGACGACAUCAUUGAUGCGAACGGUGAAAAUGGUAACACCUUGCCUGAGACCAUCGACAAGCAAAUGCAGGAAUUAUUUGGCAAGAUGUACCACGAAGAAUUGUCACUUCGUGAAAUGUUGGAGUUGAUGCGAAAGUAUAAAUCUUCCCGCGAACCCGAGGAACAAGAUCUCUUCGCGUGCAUGGUCCACGGCCUUGUCGACGAAUAUCACUGUUAUCACGAAUACCCCCUCGAGGCUCUGACCAAAACUGCGGUCAUGUUCGGUGGAAUCAUCAAUUUCCGUUUAGUCGAUGGCAUUACUCUCAAGGUUGGCCUAGGCAUGAUCCUGGAGGCUGUCAGGGAACACGAAGUCCACAACCCGAUGUACAAGUUUGGUGUGGAGGCCAUCGAGCAGUUGAUCGGUCGUCUCCCCGAAUGGGCUGGCUUCUGUCAUCUACUUCUUCAAAUCCCUAGUCUUGCUGGCACACCUAUCUUCCAAAAAGCCGAGGAAGUUCUUGGAGAGCAAGGUGGCAGCCAUGAGAAUGGCAACAAAUUCGAUGAUCUAGGCGGCCCCCUCCUCACCAACGGCAACGUGGAGGAUGCUAUCGUGAAUGACGGCACCUCACGCAAGUUCCGCGCCGUGCAGGUGGAUGCUCCCAUUCGGUCCGAUCUCUACGAGGAUCCGAAUGAGGACAUCCAGGACAAGAUUUUGUUCGUCUUGAACAAUGUUUCGGAACAGAACAUUGAGGAGAAACUGCAGGAUUUGCGUGAAGUGUUGCGGGAUCAGCACCACCAGUGGUUUGCUGCUUAUUUGGUCGAAGAGCGUGCCAAGCUGCAGCCCAACUUCCAACAACUAUACCUGGAUCUUCUCGACCGCAUUGACGACCGAAUUCUAUGGACUGAGGUUCUGAGAGAGACCUACGUCAGUGUCGCCAAGCUCUUGAACUCGGAGGCUACCUUGAACUCAUCUCAGGAUCGUGGCCACCUCAAGAACCUUGGCGCUUGGCUCGGUUCACUGACCAUCGCCAAAGACAAGCCCAUCAAGCACAAGAACAUCUUUUUCAAGGGCCUACUCUUGGAAGGCUACGACAGCUCACGCCUCAUGGUUACGAUUCCCUUUACCUGCAAGGUUCUGGUUCAAGCGACCAAAUCUACAGUCUUCAAGCCUCCAAACCCGUGGUUGAUGGACAUUUUGGGACUACUUUUAGAGUUGUACCAUUUCGCUGAGUUGAAACUCAAUCUUAAAUUUGAGAUUGAGGUACUGUGUAAGGAUCUGGAUCUGGAUCACAAGACUAUUGAACCUUCUAAUGGCAUUCGUGACCGUACCUCUCACGUUGAAGAGACUUUGUCCACCACCAACAUCCCAGAGGGCUUGGAAGCUUUCGAAGACAUUGGUCUCAGUACCCUCAACCAGGGCAUUCGAAACGAAAGAUUGUCACCCGCCGCUAUCAUGUCGACUCUGCCUAGCCUUGAUAAGAUCCUGGUCUUGCCCCCGUCAGCCAGCGGCAUGGUUGACCAGAGUGUCCUGAGGCAGAUUGUGCACACUGCGGUGGAACGUGCUAUUGCGGAAAUCAUUACUCCGGUCGUGGAGCGCUCUGUGACCAUUGCCUCUAUCUCCACCGUCCAGCUUGUUUCUAAGGACUUUGCCAUGGAGCCCGAUGAGGAGAAGUUCCGCCACGCCGCUGGUAUCAUGGUGCGCCAACUUGCCGGUAGUCUGGCUUUGGUCACUUGCAAAGAGCCACUCAAAGUCAGCAUGACCAACUAUAUCCGUAUGAUCCAGCAAGAAUACUCUGAUCAACCUAUGCCUGAAGGGUUGAUCUUGAUGUGCGUCAACGACAAUCUGGAUGCUGCCUGCGGCAUAGUUGAGAAGGCUGCCGAGGAGAAGUCUCUCCCUGAGAUCGAGAAGGUUAUUGAGGCUCAGCUGGAGGCUCGGAGACGCCACAUCGCUACUCGUCCCAACGAGCCCUUUAUUGAUCCCCCUACCGCCAAACCCCCGGAGGGCUUAAAUAAGGAGCAGCUGGCAAUCUACGAAGAGUUCGCUCGCCAAUCGCGUGGUACCGCUGUUGCUCACCCUCAGAAUGUUUCUACCGACUCUGGUCGCCCUCUUCCAGACGUGCUCCAAGACACCUACCCUGCUAUCCCUAACCUUUCAACGCCGGCCGAACAGCCUGCGGUCCCUCAUCGCACCCCUCAGCCUCAACACGCUGUCUCUCAGAUCCCCGUCCACACAAACGGGUUCCUCGAUGCCCAGAGCCCAAGGGAACGAGUCGAAACUCUUAUCUCGGAACUUCAACAAUCCGCUCGCAACGCUCCCGAAGAGCAUGUUAAGGACCUUGGUCGCGAUAGCUCUGUCCUCCAAGAAUACAAUCAAGCUCUGCGCGCUAUCCUGAACUCUCCUAAUGGCGAGGAGUUAGCCCGGUUGACCUCCCUCAAGGUCUGCACAACUCUAUAUGGCCAAUCUUCAGGAUCUUUAGAAAUCGAGGUUCUUGUUCACCUUCUCGCCAAGCUUUGUGACUUGUCUUCCGUGAUCGCACGAUACACCUGGGCGCUUCUUGCGGAGAUUGACGACGAGCACAUGUUUAAUGUUCCUGUCACUGUUGCUCUCAUCGACGCAGGCCUUCUGGACAUCCGCCGAGUGGAUAUGGUUCUCACUCGCCUCAUUAUGCAAAAGAAUGCCAGCGCUCUGGAGUUACUCGACACACUGAUGAGCCGUGUUCUCUUCAACGACGAGCCCUCCGCCCUCCGCUCUGACUUCUCUGGUAGUUUGGAUGCCAUGAGCCAAUGGCUCUCUGAGGAUGGCAACAUUACUCCCGCUUUGGAGAUCAUUCGCAAGCUGCGCGAGUGUGGAAUUCCCGAAGUCGCCAACCCACUACUCAGUGACCAGGCUAGGUCCAAGCGUGACCAGAUGGAGUACAUCUUCAGCGAGUGGAUUGGUAUCUACAAGGCUUCUGGUGCCAAUGAGCGUACCUAUCUCUCUUUCCUCCAGGACAUGCACAACCGCCAAGUUAUGAACUUGCAAGAAGACUCUGCAUUGUUCUUCCGCCUGAGCAUUGACAUUUCUGUCGCCAUGUUUGAGCACGAGUCUCAAAACCCCAAUGGCAGCCUGGAUGAGGCUUUCCUCUAUGUUGACGCCCUCGCCAAGCUUGUCAUCCUGUUGGUCAAAUCUCAAGGAGAGAAUGAUGGCGCUGUCACUCUCAGCAAGCCUGCUUACUUUGGCUCCAUUCUCUCAUCUCUUGUCCUGGUUCUUAACCACCACCAAGUUAUGCGCGGCGAGGCGUUCAACCAACGUGUUUUCUUCCGGCUGUUCUCUAGCAUUCUGUGCGAAUACUCUGUUGCGGGUCUCCAACUCCACGAGGAACACCAGGGCAUGAUUUUUGCACUGGCUAAUAAGUUCCUGUCCCUUCAGCCUCGUUAUUUUCCUAGCUUCGUCUACGGCUGGCUAUCUCUAGUCUCCCACCGUGUCUUCAUGUCUGACAUGCUCAACAUGCCCGAACGUGCUGGUUGGGCUGUUUACUGUGAGAUCAUGCAGGUCUUGCUCGCCUACAUCGGUGAGCAGCUCAAGGCAGCCAACAUCUCUUAUGUCGCCAAGGACUUGUAUAAGGGCGUGCUCCGCAUCUUGUUAAUCCUCCACCACGACUUCCCGGAGUUUGUCGCCGAGAACCACUUCCAGUUCUGCAAUGUGAUCCCCGCUCAUUGCGCCCAGCUUCGCAACUUGGUACUCAGUGCCUACCCGUCAUCCUUCCAGAAGCUUCCCGAUCCUUUCCGUGAGGGUUUGAAGGUUGAGCGAAUUGAGGAGAUGCGGGAGAUUCCCAAGAUUGCGGGCAAUGCGAACCUAAAGGACGUCAUCGACACUGUUCUUCAGAGUGACAAUGCAUCCGAAGUCGUGGUUCAACAAAUUUGUGACACUGUUGUCAACGAUGAACCCCGCGAUACUGCUCUUUUCUACCAGCCCAUCAAUGUUGAUGUUGUUCUAGUGAACGCCCUUGUUUUGUACAUUGGCCAACAAGCGGUUUCCGAACACGCAUCGAAGAGCAAUAUUCGCAGCGUCUUUGAGAACUCCAACCAUACUGCUCUUCUGGAGAAGCUUGCCCAAUCAAUGCAGCCUGAGACUCGUUACUACCUAUUGAGCGCGAUGGCCAACCAGCUGCGAUACCCGAACAGCCAUACCUACUUCUUUAGCUUCACCAUUCUGCGUCUGUUUGGUGUUGACUACUCUGAGCAGGAUGAGUCUGACAUCCGCCAGCAAAUCAUUCGCGUGCUGCUGGAGCGACUCAUCGUCCAUCGUCCGCAUCCAUGGGGCCUUAUCAUCACCCUGCAAGAGCUUCUACAGAACCGCAGCUACUCUUUCUUCCGCCUUCCCUUCAUCCAAGCGGCCCCUGAGAUUGGACGUCUCUUCGACGCUCUCCUGCAACACAUCCAACAGCAAAGCCCUCGUCCCCUUGCGUAA